UGGACGCGUUAUGGUCGUUGUUUAGGGAACCAAACGCAGCCUUACUCUCGCUCGGGUGAGUCUGAUGACGAUGUUAAACCCAGUUUGUAAAACCCCUAAAACUGAAGAAUAGCUUUCCCUCUCUCUCACUCUGCACUCUCUAUUCUCUACUCUUAUCCACCUCUAUCGAAACGAUUAUUUGGGGAAGAGUGUGAUUGAAUCGGAGAUAUGAAGAAGUUGUUUUUUUGUCUUCGCCACCGCUCUUUUACAGCUCUCACCCACCAAAUUUCUUCUCCAUUUUCCACAGCCGCGGGCGCCGGCGGCAAAGUACCAGUCCUCUACAAGCCCACAACCGGCGACGGCGAAAGCGACGGAAUCGGUACCACAGCUACCACGACGCUCCAAUUGCUCUCUUGGGGCAGAGGCGCAUCGGGGCAGCUCGGUGGUGGUAUCGAAGAGAUCCGUCUCUACCCGACCCCAGUUGCCAACCUCCUCGUUCCUUCCUCUUCAUUCGCUAUUUCUCCACCUCCCGGACGAAUUUCUGUACCCAAUGGAACGAAAGUGGAUAAUAUUCAUGGUGAUGGUGUUGUGGAGGCGGGAAUUUCUUGUGGGUUAUUCCACUCGUCGUUGCUUGUUGAUGGUAAGUUUUGGAUAUGGGGCAAAGGAGAUGGUGGUCGACUUGGGUUUGGCCAUGAGAAUUCUUUGUUUGUGCCGACCGUGAAUCCCCAUUUGGAUUCUGUCCGCCGUGUGGCUCUUGGUGGGUUGCAUUCCGUUGCACUCACUUCAGGCGGCCAGGUCUUCACUUGGGGUUAUGGUGGUUUUGGUGCACUCGGACAUUCUGUUUAUCAUAGAGAACUGUUCCCUAGAUUAGUGGAAGGCCCAUGGAAUGACAAAAUAUGUCAUAUUGCAACAAGUGGGACACAUACUGCUGCUAUUACAGGAGCAGGGGAGCUUUAUACUUGGGGUCGAGAUGAAGGAGAUGGUAGAUUGGGCCUUGGUCCUGGUCGGGGCCCAAAUGAGGGUGGCAGCAAUAGUGUCCCCUCCAAAGUGAAAGCAUUAAAUGUUCCUGUGGCUGCUGUUUCUUGUGGGGGAUUUUUCACAAUGGCACUAACAGAAGAUGGGCAGAUUUGGAAUUGGGGAGCAAACUCUAACUACGAGCUUGGAAGAGGAGAUAAGGUUGGUGGAUGGAAACCACAAUCAGUUCCUGGUCUUGAAGAUGUUCGUAUCAUACAGAUUACAAGUGGUGGAUAUCAUUCUCUUGCUUUAACUGAUGAAGGGAAGGUACUUUCAUGGGGUCAUGGUGGGCAUGGUCAGUUGGGGCAUUCUUCCAUCCAAAAUCAGAAAAUACCUGCAGUGGUUGAGGCAUUAGCUGCUGAGCAUAUUGUCUAUAUUGCUUGUGGAGGUUCAUCUUCAGCAGCAGUAACAAAGGAAGGAAAGUUGUUUAUGUGGGGAAAUGCCAAAGAUUCUCAACUAGGAGUCCCUGGGCUGCCAGAGAUACAACCAUGUCCUGUUGAAGUCAAGUUUCUAAUGGAGGAUGAUGAAUUGGGACCACAUAAUGUGCUCUCUGUUGCUGUUGGUGCAUCUCAUGCUAUGUGUUUAGUAUCAAGGUGAAGUUUCUAAAGAUGAUUCCUGGGUGGAAUCAUUUGUAAUCCGCAGGAACAAAUCAAUCACCAUAUAGCUGAAAUUCUGGUAUUGAGCUGCUUGGGUGCUAUAAUGAUCAUAUUUCAGCUCAGAAAUAUGUCACAACUGCAAGUUGAGAAAUGAUCUAGACAAUGCAGUAUUUGGAAGGUGGAAGUGCAUAUUUGUGGAGAUGUUGGUUGCCCCUUGCAGAUGCUCCUCUGUUAAUGGAUUCAAACUUGGACCUCUGUGCUUUUCGUGCGACUUUCUGUGGCUUGGAAUCGCAGUGCCAAGGAUUACCAGCCAUUUCUUAGAACUAGAUUUUAUUGGUUGACUGGAACAUUUUCUCUGUUACACAGUAUGACUGUAUGAGCACCGAUGCUAUAGGUAUCCCUGUGUUUUCUCAUAUAAUUCCCUUUAGGCCGGUGUCCCAUUUCCUGGUUGUGGAAUAUCAUCAUCAGAGGCUGUUGUUGAGUCUACACUAAGGCCAGGCCUACUCAGCAUGACAAAUUUCUAAGUCUAGACCCAACUCAUGAUCUACCAUAGUCGGGGCAAUCAUAUGUUUUUCGCUCCUAAAUUUGCUGGUUGAAUUCGGACAGAUAAAUCAUAUUUUGCGACUUAUUCUAUUUGUCUGUUA